AGGCAUUCUGGGUAAACAUCGGUUUUCAAAUAUGGCGGAAGGUCAAGCAUUCGAGUUGGUGAGGAUUCAACGUUGAAACUUAUGGCACUGGGUGGUGACGAGAGUACACCAGUGCCUAAUUUGGCACUGGAAACGAUCGUAAAGCCAGCGCUGCGUGAGGUAUUGUAUUAAAUAUCUCAAUUUAAGGCAUAUUUUUACCCGUUUUCCAGGUGGUGUCCGGCUGAAAAUGGUGUAUUUAAUUUUGGGUGUUGUCGUUUAGAAGACAUUAGUUUGAUUGAUUAGUCCGUCAAGGAAAGAUAGCUGUCCGUGCUUGUUUUAAGGAGAUGUUGAGGGUAACUACUGGAUAUGAUUUUAUCAUAUCAAAGAAAUGUGCUUUAUAAUUUGUUUGAGUGCUGGGCAAGUCAGAAAUUGAACUUGAAUCAGGAGAUUAAUUGGAAUCAGGAAAUGAACUUGUAAGCUGAAAAUUUGUCAUUCUUCACUGUUCUUGCGUGGUGAACUUUUGUAUUUAAUUUCGUAUUUUCUAAAUUGUAAAGAACAGUGUGUAAGCACUAGUAUAUGCCCAUGUGAGAUGCUGUGCAGUAAGUAAUUAAGACAGAAUCCAUUAGGAAAUUGAGUAGUAUUAAUUUCUAACCCUUCUACCAGAAUAUUUUCAAGCAUAUUGCAUUCUUUUCUACACUUUUCAAGGGCUAUGAAUGAAAUAAGUUAUAUGAAAUAACUGCAAAGAAUAGGUUCUUUUGGCUCAGCCCAAGAAAACAAACUUCAAAACCUUCAAAUUUCACAAAAUGAAAUCUUAUGCAUGAAGGUUUUACCUGUGUUUUCUCAGUUCCUGUGAAAUUUGAAAUUUAUCUUCUUUAGCUUUCUUAAGAAAUUGCCGUUGGUGUUAUAACAGAUAACUAAUUGCAUCUAUAGCACUUGAAAAGCAUAAAAAGAAUGUAAUAUGGCUUAAAAUAAUUAUUCUGGCACAAGGCUUUUGUCCACUAAAAAUUAAAAUCAGUCAAUCUCCUGCUGGAUUCCGUCUUAAUAUUUUUCUUGACUGAAUUUUGUUCAUAAAAAUACAAUGAAACCCUUGAUCAAGCAGACACCUUUGCUGUUGUCCGUAUCAUGAAGGUGCUCUCUUAAUGGAGGUUAUUUUACAGAAAACGUAGGAAGAAACAUUCAUCGGCAUAAUACGGGGCAUCCACUUAAUGCACCAGCACCCAAGCUCACCUGUUGGUGAUGAGUUUAACGCUAUGGAUAAUAAUGAUUAGUGCCAUUUUUUGAUGUGUUCAAGUAUCAUGUUAUAGAGAUUUUCAAAUGAGAAAAAGACUAGCUACACUGUAUCCCAUUUUUUAGAUACAGCGAAGGUUGUUAACAUAAUUUUUGUAAUGUCUUUUUUCCCUUUUUCUUUUGCAUUUAGCUGGAACCAUCCUUUGAUGCACAGGCUGUUGAAAAAUUACGAGCUGCUUUUACCAAGGUUAGAAAUGGUUAAUUCAGGGCUGUCAAAAAGUUUUUAAGUACCAGGCUGAUAACGAAUAGUAGGUGACUUUGAAACUCACACCAAAGGCACAAGUUCUUGAGGGCUGAGGUAUCUGGGGACUUUUGAAAUUCAGAGCCUGGGAAAUGCCAUUUCCGGGGUUUUCAAGGGGUAUUUUCCACCACAGGCACCAUGUUGUUUCGUGAGAAUACACUCAAAACUGGGAACAAUGCAAUCAAAAUGUUCAGGCAUUCUACAACAUCGCACUGUUCAAACGUUUCGCACAUCUAAAGCUGUUUAAAUAUACACUAAAUGUCAUUCAAGUAAUGGAUGCUUCACAAUUUUACUUAAUGGUGCUUACAUUUUGUCAGCAGUUAUGAUAGAAGGAGAUGAAAGUAGCAGGCUAGGGAUGGCUAACUAGCCGGCAGGUUUGGCCUGCUACCCACCCUUAUUGACAGCCCUGGGUCAAAUAUUAAAUUAAACUCUUCACCACUGGCUAUUUUUUAAAAAAGUAAUUUUAAUUUUCAGUGGACAAGAACCUUGUACCAGAAUAAUAAUUCAAACAAUAUUGCAUUAUUUUUUACAUUUUUCAAGGGCUAUAGAAGUAAUAAGUUAUCUGUAAUAACACCAAAGAAAAUUUCUCAUGGGAGCCCGACAAAACGAAUGUCAGAUUUCGCAAAAUGACAUCAUACUCAUGAAAUUUUCAGAAUUUUACCUGUGCUUUCCUAAUUCUUGUGAAAUUUGACAUUUAUUUUUUUGGGCUCCCAUGAGAAAUCGUCUUUCUUGUUAUUACAGAUAAUAAAUAUAUUAUAUCUAUAGCCCUUGAAAAUGUAAAAAAGAAUGCGGUAUUGUUUAAAUAAAUAUUAUUCUGGUACAAGAUUUUUGUUCACUGAAGUUUGAAAUUACUCAAUUUCCUGAUGGAUUCUAUCUUAAUAUCUUUGUUCAGGCUGAAAAAGAUAUACCAGGUGUUACACAACAGAUUGUUGGAGAAAUUUUGAAAUCAGGUAACUUAUCAUCUUAAUCUGUGAAAAAUAAAUUUUUUCAUAAUUCCACUGUUUUUACCACAAACCCCUGUCAGCAUUAAGCUCAUUGUUGUUUACUUUCAAUUCAUUGAACAAAUUAUUACCCGAGGUGCUUAUACAUUAAGAACCCAAGAGUACAUGUAAGAACCUGCAUUUUCCAAAGUUAGCCUAAACAGGUUCUUAUAUAAGUGGCAAUUAGGACAAAUUUAUGCUAUAUAGGUUCUUCAAUAGAUUCUUAUUUUCUGAAGAAAAAUAGUAUAACUUAUUGUAGCUAAGAGUAUUUACAUGUAGUGGUAUUCAGCUUAUUCCUUAUAUAAAAUCUGCCUACCAUGACAUUGCAGUUGGAAUGAUAAGGCACCUUCAUGUAUGUCUCCAAAUAGGAUCCUCAAUGUUGACUUAUCUUAUUUGGCCAAGUGUACAGAAUUUUUUUCAUAGGUUUUAGAAAGUUAGAACCUGUUUCAAAUUUUAGGCUUAACAAGUUUUUGAUAAUGUAUGGAGGGGGCCUAACUGGCAAAUUUUAGGGUAACAGGUUCAUAAAAACCAGGUUCUUACUCGUGGGAUUGUACUGUAUUAUAUUAUUCUGGGUCAAGAAGGAGCAGCAAUUCAAAGGGUCUUAUCAACCAUGUAUACAUGGCAUUUAAAUGUUCAAAACUUUGCAGUGAAAUCUCAAGUAUGCCUUGCUAUAUUGGCAAGUGAAGAUUGUCCAGGAAAAAAAUGAAUUUAGGGCCAAUGGAAUUAUAGUACCAUAAAGAUGUACAACUGGCACCAUGACCCUUAAUUCCAUUGGAAACCAAUAUUUUUUAAUUUUAUCAGUACAUGUAUAAACAAGUUCCUCAUUCAUCAAUAUUAACUGAAAAAAUCUCAUUUCUUUUUAGCAUCAUUGUCAGUAAACAUGAAUGAAAUUCUCCUUCUUAGUGCUUCGAAUAAUAGUGAAGGUAGGUGGCAUGUGCGCAUUUGUAAUUUACGUGACAGUGAAUUUCAAACCUGAUAAAUAUACAAGAAUGAUGUUCUUUUUCAGUCAGUGACACAGGUUCCAGUCCCACUUCGAGUUUAAUCCUCCAGUUGAUAAUCAUGUCACCAUGGAUUUGCAUUGACCAGUAAACGGUCAUUCAAUGCAGUGAGACCAACCUUAUCUUGUGUACAUCUCUCUGUUUGUUCAAUAGUCUGAUAAGAGAUGUUUAACAUGUGACUUGGAAAAAAUGAGAAACUUGGUCUCAUCAGAUGGUACAAGUAGAAAUUUGUUACAUAUUUUGCAGUCAAUGUGGUUCUAAAUUUCUCUGUUGACCUCUGUUAUUAUGUGACCACAGACUCUACAAUUUGACCAAUACACAUUUCAUUUUAAUAUACUCUGAUUACUAAUUUACUUAAUUAUGCAGAUUAUACUUUUGAUGUCAAAGAGCCAGAGUUUACUGCAUUGUCGAAGAAAGCUAAAGGUAAAGCAGUAUAGAAUAAUUCUUGGUUAUUAAUUUUUGACAAGUUAUUUUACUUCAUUGCAUACAUGUCUUUUUCCAUAAAUCCAGAAAGGGAAGCUUUAAUAUAUUUAAGAAGUAAUACAUGUAUUUUGGGGGUAAUCCUAGAAAUUACACUGCACUUUGUAAAUUGAAUUAAUUUUGUUUUGAUCCACACAAGAGACAAAGUUAACAAAUAACUUUAUAAGUAAUUUGUUAUAUGAAAUCUUCAGAGCUAGUGUCUGAAAGAAAAAACACAAAAAAAAUCCAUAAUUACUUUGUUGUAGAUUGCAUAGAAAUCAUUGACUUGAGAAGAAAAUGAGUAUACAUGUAAUUAACCAAGCAGGUUUAAUGCUACAGAAAAGCUGUACUUGCCUUGGUGGAAACGUUAAUUCAAAAUGGUAUUUAACUUUUUUGUAGAUCUUAAGGCCAUUUUAUCCAAGAUACCGGCAGAAAUUAGUAACAGACAAAAAUUUCUACAAACGAUAAAGUAAGUAGCCAUGUGUACAAUAUUAUUGAAGUGGUGUCUAGAAAAUGGUUCCAAUUGACUCCUGAUGUAACACUAGAUUCUAGAAUUAGAAUUUGAGAAAGGGUGACAGAUUUCUCUCCAAUAAUACCAUUAACAAUACUGUUCAAUGUGCAGGCUAAAUUUCACCUGUUCCAGUUUUCUUUUCCCUGGAAUUCACUGUGCAUAUGGCAGCUUUUGCCAAAAUGUAGCUUUUGCUUUGAAUUUUUUAAGUUUAAUAAUAAUUAUUAUUCUCAAACAAAUGGAAAUAGGUCUUGUGAAACUAACUAUUCUGUUAUACAUGUGCUGAGUAAUCAAAUUUUCGAGAAGCUGAUGCACAGUAUGUGCCAUUCUGUCAACCAUGCUUGCAUGAUACAUUACCCAAAUUUGCACUUUUAAGUGUUAUUUUUAUUGUAUCUUUCGAUGUGUGCUAGUGCCUUCAGGGGUGGGGUUGGGAACACUCCCUCCCCACCCCCUUCCCCACCUGAGAGUUUGCUAGCACGCUAAUCCUCUCACAGUGGAGCCUUGUUGUUAUUAUAUGGGAGCUGUGUCAUGAGAUAAUAUUAUUAAAAAUUGAAGUAAUGGGAACCACUACCAAUCUAAGUGAAAGAUAAAAAAUAUCCACUCAAAACAUUUAAAAAGGGCAUAAAUGACACAGCAAAAACAAAAUGAGGAACAGAUGGACAGACUCAAAAGAAGAUUGAAACAGAUGGCAGUUGUGCUAUUUGAAAACUUAAUAGCCUAACAGUUUACAAAAUUUCAUUUUUGUUGUUUGUAACUUUUGAUAUAAUACUUGGGAGACAUAAUUAUUUGUUUGACACAAAGCUAUGAUUUUGUCAUUCACAAGUUAUUUCUCAAGUUUCAUAGCAAAUACUGACGUACGUACUUGAACAGAAUGAAAGUGAAACAUACAACCGUGACACAAGGCCUUUAAAUAAGCCUUAUUUAAAGGCCUUAUUUCAGGGCUGUCUGUUUAGUAAAGUUUUUCCAAUUCUUUAGGGAUAUUGCAACUGCUAUUAAGGACUUACUUGAUGCCGUAAACGAGGUGUUUAAGAACUGUCAAUCAGUUGGAAAGAUGCUUCAGUAUAAAGAGGUAUGCUAAGUUUUAGGAGUAUAAAUGCUUACCUUUUCUCACCAAUGAUGUUGGACACCUCCCACUGUGUUUUUGUUGGAAAUUCUUUGUGUUUAUUUUAAAAUAAAAAUUCAAGGCCUUGAAAGUUCUUGAAAAUUGCAGUCGGUGCUGGAAAGUCCUUGAAUUUCAAUGUUAACUUCUUUUUUUUGCACUGAAUGGAGUCCUUGAAAAAUGGAAAAUGUGGCCUUGAAUGUCCUUGAAAAGUUCUCAAAUUUAUUGUUCAAAAAACGGUACGAACGCUGCAAACCGGUCCUGUAGGAGUUGAAGCUUUUUCUUAGCCAAAAAAGUUUAUUUUGUUCCAACAAAUUUACGAAACUUCUGGCCACGUGCUGAGUGAAAACGCUCUGUUGAUCGAGACUUUUCGACCGCCUACUGCAGGUCUUCCUCGGUCGCAACGUAGUGAGAAAAACGGUAAACGAGCCCUUAAAACAACACAUUAAUCGUAUUACUGUAUUGUGUUUAUUAAUCUUUCGUUUUAUCUCUCUUUAGGGUCUGGAGAGGAACAAGAAAGAAUUUGUAAAAUAUUCUAAAAAUUUUAGUGACACUUUAAAGCAGUACUUCAAGGAUCAAAGGUAAGCUAUACAUUACUACCAAAACCAGUAAAGUAGAGAACUGGAGAUGAAGUUACUGAUAGGGCUCCCGUUCUGAUCCCGUUCCCCUUGCUUGUUAACCGUUAUUCGUUUUAGUAACGUUCGUAAAGAGACGUGAACAUUUAGUUGUAUUUCAGUAUGCAAACGAGACCCUCCUUUGUUACUGUGCACUAACUUGCUUUUACUGUGGUAGAUAAUUUUUUUUCUUGAAUUUAUCAUUUUUUAUCACUCGUGUUUGUGUUUGCAGUGUUUAAUUCAAGGGCGCUUUCCACUUUCCAGAGCCGGACGGCCAGACCAUUCACGUCGUAAUGAGAAUUUCACUUUUAAUCAAAACUAUCCAGCCACAUCAGUCAAAUCAUAAAUAGCGUGCACGAAGGAGAAGGCUUUCUGCGAAAAUCCUCGGACAAAGCUUAUUGCUUGUCAAAAUGACUGGUUCGGUCAUUGUCCGGCAAUCCAGUUUAGAUUUUUGGAAAGCGCCCCUAGUGUAUAGUUCAUGUUUUUGCGAUCGACCUUCCAUGUUCGACCACCUCCCAUAAGCAACCACUUAUCAACAACACCAAAAUUUUCCCAGCAAAAUCACUGCAUUUGUAACCUUUCUCAAACGACCACCUUUCGAAAGCGACCGUAACCACUUUUUUGUUUUACAGUUCCAGAAUUUCCAUUGUUUUCAUACUCUUGUAAGCGACUACUUGAGGCAUAGUUUGAUCUCUUUGUUCGCUGAAUGUAACUCGAGUAUGAGAUGAACCUUUAGUGACAACAUGAAACUGUAGACAUAUCGCAACUUGAAAAUUGCACGCAAUGAAUUUUCUUCCAAAAUGUAGAUGUGUUCGGAUAUCUAGAAAGAGAUCCAACCUCUGGUUGGAUACUGGUACGCGACUACCUUCCGUAAGCGAGCACUGAAUCUUCGAAUUUUGAGUGGUCGCUUACGGGAGGUUCCACAGUACUUAUUAUUUCCAUUCGUCACUUACUUAACCCUUUCACUGCCAAAGUGCUUGAUGGAGUUUUGUAAGGUGACUCUACCUUUUGAGUCUGUGGACGAAAUCCUAUGAUGUGACCAUUCAAAUGAAAGCUCUAUGCCUGUACUUUCACAUGAUGCUAUUUGUUUGUCAAAACUUUAGAAAAUGAAAUUUGGAAUUUUGGUCGAAGUUUGCCUAUGGCCACAUUUAACAGUAAAAGGGUUAAUAAACAUCAUUUUCUUACGUAAUUCUGAUUGUCAUUGUUCUUUUUCAGGGCGGAGGCAGUAUACAUUAGUGCCAAUAAACUCAUCAACCAGACAAACCACAUCUUGUACAUGUUUAAGCUUGCGGGAAGCUCGUGAAAAUUUCCUAGGGAGCUCUGUACAAUACCGUCCACUUUUGUAAAAUUUUAAUACUAACUUGUUAGGUUAACUACAAUAAGGAAUCAAUCAUUUUGUACAAUGAGGCUUUUGUAGCUAGGUGAGGGUCUAAAUAAAAGCUUUAUUUGCU